AAUGUUUACUUGAGGGUGUAUAGCGAUCAGCCCAAUUUUGAUAUUAGUGAACCAGAGGCCUUCUGUGUCGCCUUAAUUGAUUAUAUAUCAUAUCUAGUACACGAUCAAUGUGCUUUAGAGUCAGAACUUAAGAAUGAGCCAAAGCAGGAUGGCUCAUCCCUUGAAACAUCUGAGCAUCCUAGUGAUAUUGCUAUUGCAUCAGUAGAUGAACAUAGUCCCCCAGUUGAUGAUAUGGCAGUAUCCAAUGGCAAAGUGUCAGAGAAAGAAGAAUUUAAAGUGGUCAAGAACCUUAAGUUUGUACUGAAUUCACUUAAGAACAUACUGACAAGCAGUCCAAACUUGGCAUCAAUUUUUUCUACUAAGGACAAGUUGUUGCCUCUUUUUGAAUGCUUCUCUGUGCCUGUUGCAUCAGAAAGCAACAUACCUCAACUCUGCCUGAGUGUGUUGUCACUCCUGACUACGUAUGCCCCCUUGCUUGGAGGCUAUGGUUGCAGAUGGAUCUAGCCUUCUCCUUUUAUUGCAAAUGCUUCACUCAGCCCCAAGUUGUCGUGAGGGGAUUCUUCAUGUUCUAUAUGCUCUGGCAAGCACACCAGAGCUUGCCUGGGCAGCUGCCAAGCAUGGGGGAGUAGUCUACAUUCUUGAGCUUCUCUUGCCUUUGCAGGAAGAAAUUUCCUUGCAGCAAAGAGCAGCUGCAGCUUCUUUGUUGGGGAAGCUUGUUGGGCAGCCAAUGCAUGGGCCGAGAGUUGCUAUAACGCUGGCUAGGUUUCUUCCUGAUGGCUUGGUAUCAGUUAUUAGGGAUGGACCUGGUGAAGCUGUUGUAAUUGCCCUUGAACAGACUACUGAGACUCCAGAACUUGUAUGGACACCAGCGAUGACUACUUCUCUGGCCGCACAAAUCGCGACGAUGGCAGCAGAUCUAUACCAAGAACAAAUGAAAGGCCGUGUUGUUGACUGGGACGUACCUGAGCACGCAUCUGGGCAGCAAGAAAUGGGAGAUGAGCCACAGGUUGGUGGAAUCUAUAUUAGGUUAUUUCUAAAAGAUCCUAAAUUCCCUCUCAGAAAUCCAAAGAGGUUCUUGGAAGGACUGCUAGAUCAGUAUUUGACAUCCAUUGCCGCCACACAUUAUGAAACACAAGCUGUUGAUCCUGAACUUCCUUUGCUCCUGUCUGCUGCUUUGGUUUCAUUAUUGCGAGUACAUCCUGCCCUUGCAGAUCAUGUUGGAUACCUUGGAUAUGUGCCCAAGCUUGUGGCUGCUGUCGCGUAUGAAGGAAGACGAGAAACAAUGGCAUCGGGGGAGGUGAACAAUGGAAAUUAUGUAGAUAGAGCAGAGGAGUCUGAUGAUGGAUCCUCACAGCCUACCCAAACCCCCAGAGAACGUGUGCGCCUCAGUUGUCUGCGUGUUCUGCAUCAACUAGCAGCUAGCACCAUAUGUGCUGAAGCUAUGGCAGCAACUAGUGUAGGAACACCUCAGGUUGUUCCGCUUCUAAUGAAAGCUAUAGGAUGGCAAGGUGGAAGCAUACUAGCUAUGGAGACCCUAAAGCGUGUUGUUGUUGCUGGAAACCGAGCUAGGGAUGCACUUGUUGCACAAGGACUUAAGGUUGGUCUUGUUGAAGUACUUCUUGGCCUUCUUGAUUGGAGAGCUGGAGGAAGGAAUGGACUUUGCUCUCAGAUGAAGUGGAAUGAAUCUGAAGCAUCUAUCGGCAGAGUGCUAGCAAUUGAGGAACUGCAUGCAUUCGCAACGGAGGGAGCCUACUGUACUAAAGUUCGGGACUUGUUGAAUUCAUCAGAUGUAAGUCCAUAUGCAUAUCUUUAUUCAACGCUCCUUGUUGCUGUUGCCACUAGACAACAAAAUAAUUACCUUGUCCAUUGA